GCACACGUAUGCGCCAUUUUAAAAAUGGCGUCAGCCUCACUUCCGCUAAAUGUUGUCUUUGAUUUCGUUUCCGAGUUCGUGUGUGUGCGUGUGCGUGUGCGUGUUUUUCCUGCGGGUCCAGGACCAAGACAACUGCGUUUGAAUUCAAUUGAAAGCGAUGCUUAUGAAGUCGUUAAGAGCCCUACACCACAUCGAGACUGAGAAUCUCACACUCAGCUACUUUCUUGAAUCCCGAUUGUCGGCAAUAUUGUCACAUCGUCGAAAAUAAUUGCCGGAAAUACAAAAGGAAGGCGACGCCGAAAGCGAACCAAACAGAAUCGAGGAAGAGAAUGAAUCGAGGAAUAAAUGGGAAUAGAUUUCCAAUUUUCUCGGCUCCCAAGAAGGAAGCACUGCAGGGCGUCCUUGUCAUUGCGGCUUACGUGGCGUAUACUCAACUAUAAUUAAUUACGCCCUUUGUGUCCGCGUGGGUGGAGACUCCCAGAGACUUCUCCGGAUGCCGAACGCUGGCUGCCGGACGAUAGAAGCUUCCUCCUUGAGUGGCUUCUUUUCAAUUUCAAUUGUUGGGUCAUUGACUAUCCGCACCACAGUUGGGAGCUAUAAAAGCGCGAUUGGAUUGCAGGGAUAGCCACAUUCAUGCACGGCCAGUGCACGGGAAUAGUACUCGGAAUUCCAGCUGGAAUCGGUUGGUAGAAUGGCCCCACUGCAUCUGCUGCUCCACUGUGCCACCACCCUGCUGAUUGCCAACGCCCUGGUAUUGAACCCCCAGUUGCUGGGUGCAGAAAAUGAGGGCAAAUCCAAAGUCGGGUUUCCCAUCGACCUGGACGACGGAGUAGAUGGGGUUGACCUGCCACUGGAGGUGGAACAGGAUGUGGCCGGAGACCAGUCCGCCGGCAGGCCCCAGCACUCUAUGCCGCCUGACUGGCUGACCUUCGACGAACCCACUCCGCCCACGAAGCAUCGGACUGGUCAUAAGCCGCAGAUCAUCCUGAAGCACCCGACCAGCGGAUUCCAUAAGCUUUCCGCCCACGGACAUCGAACUUGCCACGUGGAAAUCGUCAGCAAGGUGCAGGGUAUCUGCCAGCCGAUGCCCAUUGGCAGCGCCUGCGUCUCGGAUGACUACAUGGACCUCUACACCGAUGCCAACUGCUCAUCUCAAUAGAAGGGUUCACUUGCGCCCUGAUUAAUAGAUCGAUUGAUUGAUUGUCCGUGUGUGUGUGUGAGCUGAGAUUUUGUGCGAGGAGGAGUACGACUACCUGGUGCCCAAAGUCAGCAAAGCCUGUAUAAAUAAAUCAAAUUAAUAAAAUUUUACAUUUUCUACAAA